AUGGCCGAUACUGCGGGGGCUGAAGAUGCCAGCGUCACCUUUUCCGUCAAGUCCUCUGGUGGUCAGAAAUAUACACUGACGGUCCCUCUGUCCAUGACAACGAUCGAUCUGAAGAACAAACUCGCCUCGGAGGAGUACGCCAAUGUCCCAGCUUCGGCUCAGAGGCUGAUCUACAGUGGCAAGGUGCUGAAAGAUCACGAGACUCUUGCAUCGCACAAUGUCAAGGACGGCAACACGAUGCACCUGGUGAAGAGCGCCGCCAGCAAUCAGAGACAGAACCCCGCCGUGCAAUCCUCCGCGCCAUCUACUCCGUCUUCUGGGACGACCUCACAAGGCGUUGCUGGAGUGCCCCAGAACCUGGCUUCGGGUACAGGAAAUGACCCAUUGGCUGGGCUCACUGGUGCCAGAUACGCAGGCUUUGCUCAGCUGCCGAGCGCCGCCGCGUUGCAAGAGAACCUGAGCCCCGACGACUUUCUGCGCCAGCUGGAUAACCCCCACUUCCAACAGAUGAUGCGAGAGGCCAUGGGCAAUCCUCAAGUCCAAGAUAUGAUCAUCAAUCAAAAUCCUCAUCUAAGAGCCCUGGGCCCUCAAGCUCGGCAAAUGCUUAAUUCAGACUACUUCCGAAACAUGAUGACCAACCCUCAGAUGCUGCGCAACAUGAUGCAAAUGCAGCAGCAGAUGGGCAUGGGUCCUUUUGGAGGUGCUGGGGGACAAGAGGCAUUUCCGGCUCCUGGCGUGACCAAUACGACCGAAGGCACGACGGGCAACACCCAGAACACGUCCAACAACCAGCCUGGUCAGCCGCGGCAGCAGCAACCCCAGCCCGACCCGUUUGCGCUGCUACAGACACUUGGCAAUCCCUUCGGCAACUUCACUGGCGGUCAGACUGGAGAAGCCACCUCACAGGCUCAGGCUGGAGGCCAACAACAGAAUCAGCAACCAUUCAACCCCUUUAUGGCGUUGUUUCCCCAGGCAGGAGGCCAGGCCGGUGCUCAGCCGGGUGGAAACGCCGGCACGACUUCUCCUCCUCCUUCUUACAAUCCCUUCAACCCUCAGAACAACCCCUUACUGCAGAAUCCAGAGGCCAUGCAACAGAUGUUACAAGCCAUGACUGGAGGUCAACAAGGCGGCACAGGAAAUGAUAUGGGUGGUCUGUUCGAUCUGUUUGGCGGUGGUCAACCGGCAGCACCAGCCGAUAACCGGCCGCCUGAGGAGCGAUAUUCCCAGCAAUUACAGCAACUUAACGAAAUGGGCUUUUAUGAUUUCGACCGGAAUGUUCAGGCACUCCGACGAACUGGUGGGAAUGUGAAUGGAGCAAUAGAGUAUCUCCUUAGUCAUCCUACGGACUAG